CUGAAAUUUCUGCUGGCAGGCAAAAUAAAAUGCACGAGGACGAAAAAUACUCUGUAUUUGCCAUUUUUAAAAAUCGACAGAAGGCAAAUGAAGCAUUUGAAAGACUUCAAGGAUAUGAGGUGAAGGAUUCAGGUGGACGGCCCCAGAAACUUGUUACGACUCAGCUUAGCAUAGGACUAACUGCCAAUCUCUAUGCCCGUAAGAUGGUAUGUACUAAUUCCCCUGACCAAUCUACUUCUUUGGAGAAGAAGUUAGCCCAAGUCGAAGAGCUCAUCAAUAAGUCCAAGAAGCGAAAGACAGAUAUGGUAAUCACAGAGGAACUGGCAGAGCCAAAGACAAAUUCAGAUCAGUGUACUCAUCAUGUCAAAGAGAUAAAAAGAUUGAAACAGGAACUGCACCAGAAGGAUGAUGAAAUUCAGAACAUGCAGAAGAUACUCUCUACUCUUACAAGGAAACAUGGGCUUUAAAAUUUAUGUGCAUGGAUAGAUGAGAAUACCUUUUUUAUAUUGAUGAUUUUAUCUUUAUAAUCAAUGUAGCAGAGUAAGUUAUCAUCCAAAACAGUGAAAGCUUUAAGCUUAGACA